AUGGCCGACGUUAAGCUGAAUUUUGAUUUACUUGGUAAGCCUGAGGGUCUUGCUGAUUUGGAUAAAUAUCUUUCAUACCACUCCUUCGUUGGUGGAGUCAAGAACGCAACGACUGACGAUGUUGCCGUUUUCAAUAAAUUAGCUGACACCCCUUCUCAAAGUGCCUACCCGAAUGUUUACCGCUGGUAUUUACACGUUAAAACAUGGCACAAGAAUCCUCCCAGUGGCCUUCCAAAGGGUCAUUUUAAGGUCGAUGAAGCUAAGAAGGCUGACGAUGACUUAGAUCUAUUUGGUGAUGCUGCUGACGACGAGGAUGAUGGAGAUUCCUUGAAGAAGAAGAUGGAGGCCAUGAAGGCUGCCAAGACGAAGAAGAAGCCCGUGAACAAGUCUUCUCUCGUCCUCCACAUCGAGCCUGCCAGCGUCGACGUUGACUUGGAUGAGGUGCUGAGGCUCGUCAAGGGCCUCAAGGUCGAGGGUCUGACUUGGGGCGAGGCCUCCACCAGGAUCCCUCUCGCCUUCGGCAUUGAGAAGCUGCAGGUCAUGUGCACCAUUGUCGACGACCUCGUCAACACCAACGAGGUUGUGGAGAUGAUUGAGAGCCUCGGUCUUACUGAGGACCAGAAGAAGCUUAAGGAGGAGCGUGACGACGAGGACGACUACGACAGUGACGAUGAGGUUCUUGGUCUAGUCCAAUCUGCGACCAUUGUUUCCUUCAACAAGCUCUAA